UGCACGAUCCUCCCCUGCCCUGUCCUGUCCUGCACCAUCCUCCCCUGCCUUGUCCUGUCCUGCACGAUCCUCCCCUGCCCUGUCCUGUCCUGCACGAUCCUCCCCUGCCCCGUCCUGCCCUGCACUAUCCUCCCCUGCCCCGUCCUGUCCUGCACGAUCCUCCCCUGCCUUGUCCUGUCCUGCACGAUCCUCCCCUGCCCCGUCCUCCCCUGCACGAUCCUCCCCUGCCCUGUCCUGCACUAUCCUCCCCUCUCCUGCCCUGUCCCGCUGCUGCCCGGUCCCCUCCCCAGGACCCAGCCCACCCUUGCUGCUCCUCUCCUGCCCACCCAGGUGUGCGUGGGACUGGUGCCCUAUAAGUGUCCGGCGCCGGACACCGGGGGAAGCAGAAGCUCAACGAUCCGCCGCCCCUCCCUCUUUUCCUCCUUCCCUCCGGCUCCAACCGACGGCCCUGCCCGCACCCAGAACUACUGACCGUCUCUAUCGCCUGACCGCACCCUGAGUCUGGUGAAAGGCCAACCUUCCACCGUCGGAAGAGACCUGUCGGCCAUGUCUCCGGCGAGCGGCCCAGCGGAGCCCACGGAGGAUGCGGAGGGCAGACGUGGGAGCAAGAUCAUCUUCUUCCUCCUGGUGUUUGGCGUGGUGCUGCUUUGUACGGGAAUCCUGCUGUCCAUCUUCGGGUACCAGACCUGUCAGUACGAGACCCUGACGAACUGUGGCACCGUGCUGAAGAUCGCCGGCCCGUCGUGCGCGGUGAUCGGGGCGGGCGGAAUCAUCCUGGCCCGCUCGAAAGCGAGGCUCCAGCUCCGAGAACAGCAGCGCCGGGGCUCCACCCAGGACCCGGACAGCUUCUUCAUCUGUGGCGAGAGCCGCCAGUUUGCCCAGUUCCUCAUCUUCGGCUUCUUGUUCCUCACCAGCGGAAUGCUCAUCAGCGUCCUGGGCAUCUGGGUGCCCGGCUGCCACCCGGGGUGGCCCUCGGACCAGGGGAACCAGACGGACUCCGCAAGCAUGGAGUCUCGGGGUUGUGGAUUUCUGUCCCUUCAGAUAAUGGGGCCGUUGAUAGUGCUGAUCGGGUUGUGUUUCUUCGUGGUCGCCCACAUUAAGAAAAGACACAACUUGGGGCCCGGCCAAGACGGCUCAGAAAACCCGGAGCGGCGAUCACAGAAUCCCGAGCCUGUUCAAGUCACAGUAGGUGACGCAGUGAUAAUAUUCCCGCCUCCACCACCACCUUAUUUUUCUGAGUCUUCCACGUCUGCGAUAGGAUCCAGUCCUGUGGUUCAUCGUUUGCCUCUGAGUGAAAACCCUCCACCGUAUUAUAGUAUUUUUAAUUAUGGGGCGCGGUUUCCUGCCAUCCAGGGUGAAGCCUCAGCCAGAGCGCGUGAUUCUGUAUACACAGUUUCAGGGCCAGAUUCAUCUUCGGGGAUUUCAGCUACUCCACACCCUUCUUCCGAAUCACCUCCCAAAUAUGAAGAAAAGGCUCUGAAUGCAAAUGACUCCUCGCACCCGGCUCCCCCCAACCCUCCCGCGCCUCCCGCCCUUCUCUCGCCCUCCACUUCCCUAUCGGGACGGCCCCCUCAGUGACCCCCGGGAGCUCUGCGAGCCUCACUUUCGUAUCCUUGUACCCAUUUCAUCACCACUUUAUUUAAUUUGUUUUUGUAAUAAAAAAGAUGAAGUAUUG